UAAAUUAGCAGAAAAUUUGUUUUAUUUUUUUUUUUCGAAGAAUGCUCCAUUUCCUUCAACUACAACCAAGUCAAUUCAGAACCACGACAGCGGUCUUCAUAAUGGAUUUUGUCGGGAAGCAUCCGAGACUAAUCCACAAGAAUUUCUCCUACAAACGUCAACGAGUGAACAAGAAUGGAGUGACUGUGUGGUAUUGUUCCAAACGGAAAUUUGGAUGUAAGGCGUAUGCUAAUACCUGGGGUGAGAAGCUGCUAGCUGCGUCUCCUCAUGACCAUGAUCCUCCAAUACAAUGGGAUAUGGAUAAACUUCAGUGUAAUAUGCUGGAACAGGAUAAGCCUGAAGAUACUUUUGACUAACAUAAAAGUAUAUAAGUCCCAUGUCCCCUAGUGGGGUAAGGGGCAGAUGCAUGAUGCAUACAUCUGAUCGAUUUUCUUUAGAAACAAGUAAGUGAUCAGCUUUCUGUGUCCUGUCAAACCGAGACAUUUUUUUUCUUCGUCUCCACCGGGAAUCGAACCUAGGUCCCAUCGAUUCAACGCUCACGCGUUAACCACUUUACCAAGGAGGCGGUCAUUAGGAUAAUAAAAAGUGGACUAAUUGUUUCACCAAGCUUUAUACGUCCAUGAUCUGCUUUUUCAUUUAGACUUCUAGAUACUAAAAUUGUGGGGCAUAAUGCUAUUAUUAAAAUAUUAUAAUCAAUUUUGUCAAUAGCAUUUUAAAUACUACAGUUCGUAAAUGUAACGCAAUUAAUUUGUUUAUGACUAGUUUUCGUCACCUUAGGAAUAAUUUAGAAUGUAUUUUAGGAAUUUUGACAUCACAUAUAUGUAUAUGUAUAUAUUCACUUUAAACCGUAUUUGUUUAGGUUGUUUAAAUUUAAAUAAAUAUACUUUCUUUCUAAA